GUGUGAAGUCCGCGAAGUCGCACUCCAAAUGCACUUUGUCACCUCCCGUGACAGCGAUUUUGUUGGAAACUUGUGUCACAACAAGAAAAUUUUCUGCGCUGAUUCCUCUCUAGCUGGAAAAAGUGUUAUUCAAUUUGUUUCCUGUUCGUGCCAUCAACAGUUAGUUACGCAAAAUAAGAGUGAACUCCUCAUAGACUAGUUUUGAAAUGAAGUGUUUUGUGUUUUUAACGGGUUUGUGAAAACACUAUCGGAGUUCCUGCGUGUGGAAAAAUCGUUCAAUCAUCGACCUUUGUUGUUGGAUUUGCUUUGUUUUUGGAAGAGGAGGAACAACUCCCCGGGAGAAACGGAAUCCAUGGUGGGCGUUGGAGGAAGGCGAUGAUGAUUCAUAGCAGCCGUUCCUUGCACUGGAUGUUAUGUCUAGGUGUAUGUUUUCGUUAGUCUGUCCGGUGAGGAGAAUGUGUGCCGUUACGGCAAUCGUUUUGGCUGGCUUCUAAUAUUCGACGAUUGUGUGACCAGGGACCAGACGACUGACCACGGAAAGGGGAAUCCGUGGAACAAGGUUCUGAAGAAAAACUGCGUGUUUGUUAUGAAGAUAUCGUUCACGGUUUGAAACACCGUAAAGUGAAGAAAGAGAAGAAUCGGACCAGCAAAGCCUAAAAAGUGCUCUGCCUUUUGUCGGGAAGAAGGAAAGUACCCGCAGCUAAUAGAAAUAAUUUCUUGUUAUUGCUUUGUGUCUGGGUCUCAGUAGAAAAAAAGUGCUCGUGAAAGUGUGAAAUUGAUUUGGAGCGGAACUCUUCGGAUAAAGGAAGGGAAGAGACCAUCCGGAGAUUAACAGCUGUUUACUUCCAGCAGGGAUGGCUUCGUUUUUCAAUGUUGGUGCCCUCGGGGGUAACCCGUUCUCGACGCCGGUUGGACAACGAAUAGAACAAGCCACGGAUGCCAGCUUAGCGUCGGAAAACUGGGCCCUGAACAUGGAGAUAUGCGAUCUUAUCAAUGAGUCCUCGGACGGCGCCAGGGAUGCCAUGAAAGCCAUCCGGAAGCGACUGGUACAGAAUGCCGGCAAAAACUACACCGUUAUUAUGUACACCUUGACCGUUUUGGAAACAUGCGUCAAGAAUUGCGGCAAAGCAUUUCACGUGCUCGUUGCCAACAAGGAAUUCAUUCAGGAACUGGUAAAACUAAUCGGACCAAAAAAUGACCCACCGCCCAUCGUACAGGAGAAGGUGCUGAGUCUUAUCCAGAUCUGGGCGGAUGCCUUCCGCUCUCAGCAGGAUCUGAACGGGGUGGUGCAGGUGUAUCAGGAACUGAAAAACAAGGGCAUCGAGUUUCCUGCCACUGACCUAGACUCACUGGCGCCCAUCUACACGCCGCAAAGGAGCGUACCAGACGGAGCGGCUACAGAUAAUACUAUGUCUGUGUCGCCACAUCAUGCGUCUCAAACACCAAAUUCGCCGGCUAUGCCUCCACCAUCCUCGAUGUCGCAGGACCAGAUUGCGAAGUUGCAAUCCGAACUGGAUAUCGUCACAAUGAACAUGACCGUACUGGGAGACAUGCUGACCGAGCUAAAGCCCGGACAGGAAGAUCCCUCCGAUUAUCAGCUACUCACAGAAUUGGCCUCCACGUGUCGGGAAAUGCAAAGCCGAAUCGUUGAGCUGAUAGGGAAAGUCAACCACGACGAGCUCACAGCGGAACUGCUACGGCUAAAUGACGAACUAAAUUUGCUCUUCGUGCGGCAUGCUCGCUUCGAGAAGAACCGCGAUCCAAAAACAGCUUCCUCGGCGACGCCAUCGGCCAUCCUGGGGGCUGCGAUGGGCGUCCCUACCGAUCUGGUGGCAUCCACCGGAGGUGCGGACAAAAAGGAAUCGUUGAUCGAUCUCAGUGACGAAGCCAGCGGCGGAGGUGGUGCCGCGUUGAGCACACAACUUGCCGGGCUCAGUUUAGCGGGAACGGGAACAACGGCUUCGUCUCAGUUGUCGCAGCUCAGCAGCGUGCCGGCCCAGUCCGGAGCAACCACGGGUAGCAGCAGUACCAAGAAGUCCAUCCCACCGGAUGUGGUGUCCGAUGAGUUCGAUAUGUUUGCGCAGUCCCGGAACACGACAGGGGAUACCGCUAAGGACACCGCAAAGUUGAACCAACCAGGACAACCCAAAACAACUCCGCUGAACGCUCAAGAUACCGAGUAUGAUGAAAUGGAGAAGUGGCUUGGUAACCCGGACGAUUUGGAAAACCUGGACCCAUCCAGUGGCAGUGGCAACGGCGGUGGUCCAGAAGAAAGUCUUACCAGUAAGGAGUUUGAAAAGUUCCUUGCCGAAAGGGCAGCUGUCGCCGAUAACCUACCGUCAAUCUCCAGCCAAAUUGGCGGUGGAGGUCCAAACAGCGCCUCCAAAGGAGGCAAGAAAAAGGAAGAGGAAGGAUUAUUGGCGCUGUGAAUGGAGUACGAGGUCUACGGGUAAGUUUGUGGGGAUUUUCAUUGCGCCGACCUCGGACAUUAUGGGUGUGGUUAAGUGGGAUUAUAGUAUGUGAUAGAUGUCUUUUGAGGCGAAGGAUCUUAAUGAGUCGACUAUGUUUCAAAAGUACGUAAGUACAGACAAUGCACAGUGGUCCAGGAAUCAGUUUUACGCGGAACGAUGCAUUUUGAGCUUUAGAA